GACACAUCAUCACCAAACCCUUUACCAGUCUCUCACGCUCCAAACACGAGAUUCAGCUCCAUCAACACCAAACACUACAACCUUUUUGCUUAACAAACGAAACAAUACACCAAUCCGCAACAAUGGCCCGUGGAAACGUAGCUCAGACCCAGGUCUUCUACAAGGGUAGCUCAGGCGACCAAUUCACCGUCUUCAUCGAGAGCGAGGAGAUGCUCAAGAAGUGGAGGGAGGACAGCAGCAUUCCCAUGACUGAGGUUGUCGCUGGAUGGAAGAUUCUGGUGCCUGAGCACGGCAAGCAGGGUAUCCUCAACACCGCGAGCAAGAGCCAAAUGGAGAACGAGUUCGGCACCAGCAACGAGGACGACGUUGUCAAGAAGAUCCUCAAGGAGGGAUCUGUCCAGUCGAGCGAGAACUCUGAACGCAUCGGCAUCACCAACGAGUCCCAGGGCGGACGUCAAGCCCACUAAGCAGUGGUCUCUUCUUGUACAGAAACGACUCGACUUAUUACAACUUCGACAUGAUAUCACGAUUUAGGGAAGAUAGCAGGGGCGAUUUGCUAGCCUGAAAGAUUGGCUGGCGUCGCAGGGGCGUGUUCAGCUGGAAAGCUAGAUUACGACGAUGCCCCCAGAUUUGAUAGGCAUUUACAAAUGAAAUGAAUCUGUCUAUCUGA